GCAAUCAUUUUUCAAAGUUAUUGACAACAGUGCAUUGCAAAAGAAAGAAAAAUGGCGGAUAAAAAUAUCAGUCCUGACAUUGGUAACGACAAUGAUUUGGAAUGUGACUUUGCGAUUCAAAAUCCAAUGCUUAAGAAGGACAUAUUUCAUGAUGAAAUACCACAUUAUAAUAAAGAACAUGAAUUCAGAAGCAAUUUCCAGGAUUCUGGAGUAUACAGCAUGGUGAGCAUUGAUAAAUGCCCAGUGCAAUGUUCGGACAUUAACCAACUUAGUGAUCAAAUAAGGGAUAUCGGUAUUUCUGCGGAUGACGAGGGAUUGUCAAUGAAAAGUUUUAAAUCAUUCGACAGUGAGAGUUCCCAGAUCUCUGUACCAGAGCCAGAACCUGCAGAGAUAGAGAUCGACCUCAACGCGACUGAUGAGGACGGCGACACUUUAAUCCAUGUAGCUAUUGUCAGUCUCAUGUCCGAGUCUGCACUUGCUCUUAUCGAUAUUGCAAUUGACAGUGAUUGUUUGAACAUUCAAAACUAUCUUCAUCAAUGUCCACUUCAUUUAGCAGUGCUCACACGACAAACUGAAAUUGUGAAAGCUUUGAUUGAAAAGGGAGCAAAUGUUACUCUCAGAGAUCAGCAAGGAAAUACACCUCUUCACAUUGCAUGCAGAAUGGGAGAUAGAGACUCGGUUAUGGCCCUUGUUAAAUCAUUUGGUGACGAUGUAUCUGGACGAAAAGAAUAUUUUGCGGUAAGAAACUGUGAAGGAUUAACCUGCGUUCAUGUCGCGUCUCAAUACAAGGAAUUUUACAUUUUGGGUCAUCUAUUCGCUAAGGGUGCUGAUGUCAACAUUGGCGAUGCAAAAAGCGGAAGGACUAUUUUACAUUAUGCAGCUGAAAACAAAGACAUGGCCACUGUGACAAAAUUACUCACACACCGUAACAUUGACGUAGACUGUAAAACUUUUAAAGGUGAAACACCCCUUGUUCUAGCGUUCUGGAGAAACGCUGAAGACAUUGUGAAAAAAUUGGUGUCAAAAGGUGCUGAGUUCAGUUAUGAUCUCUUUGAAGAGUCUGAUGAUGAUAAUUACGUCUGAACCGUCGACAUGAAAAAGCCCCCCUGUGGUUUUAGAUGGUUGUCCGGCAUCGUCGAUUCCAGCUUUGGGAGCGGAAUUUAGAUGAACGAUUAUUCUCGUGGCAAGACAAGGUGAAAAAUAUACGGGUAAAGUGAUUGGACCAUGAUCUCAUUGACACUUAAUAAAGAUAAUUAACUGUUUGCAGAGUAAAGCAGACGACCAUGCAGAAAUGGUAUCGUUUGUGUUAAAUAAAUCAUUUAACCAUGUUCAUGUAUACUAUGUAUACAGAUUUUGUAUGUACAUGUAUAUAUUUACAAUUUUGUUUUAUUCUGAGCAAUAGAUACUGAUAUAUUUAAUUACUGAAAAUGUCAGUAUAUGGAUAUCUUUGACGUGAAAAUUAAAAGAAAUCUAAAAUCCUUA